AUGACACUCACAGGAAGCUGCAUGUGUGGCGCGAUCACCUACUCCGCCGAAGAGCAACAUGCUGAGUCUAAGACAGCCGAUGAAUACCUUCGUGCACUUUGUCAUUGUACGGAUUGCCAAAAGUGGACUGGUGGCGCGUUCACCUCCAACGCAUGUGUUCCUCGGACCAGCUUUAAAGUCACCAAAGGGACCCCUUCGUCUUACGACGCCACUGGUGCUAGUGGCAAGAUUAACAAACACUUCUUCUGCCCUACCUGCGGGUCGAGCUUGUAUACCGAACUGGAAAUCAUGCCCGACAUCACCUGUGUGAAGGCUGGAACCUUGGACAAUGGAGGCGCAAACCUCGGAGGGAAGAUCGAUGUAGAGCUCUAUGUGAAGGACCGGCCGAGCUAUCUUGCUGCUGUGGAGGGAGCUAAGCAGGAGUCUCGAAUGGGGUAG